AGUUUACUUCUUACAUUUAUUAACACGCGAAACUGCCACUUACCUUAUGAACAAAGAAGUUCAAGAAAACAAAUUUAUUAUUGAUUAUUGAGGGCUCACUAACUUAAAUAAGGGGGAAGACAGAGAGCUCUAAGGUCCAGCGUCAAAAUAAAGAUGAGCCCAAUUUGGAAAUGGCCUAGAACACAGACGACAUCGUUUCGGGAAGCAAAAUCACUUCUUCGCGAGAGAUUUUGCAUCGGCAAAAUCAAAAUUCAAAAGCAAUCAGAAUGGAGGAAGACAAAGCAGCAGCGUACUACGAAGAGCUAACUCGGAAAGGAGAAGGCGCCGCUCGGUUCAAGCAAGGACUAGGCUUCUCUAGCAACAAUUCCGCUCCUUCAAGAGGUUCCUCUUUUUCUUCUUCUUCUUCUUCGUUUCUUAGUAAUUUUGUCAAAUCAUCAAGUCCUACACAGACUUCAAAAUUCGAAAAAGAAGCUCAGCUUGAAGCCAUUCAAAACAAACUCAAGAAGAAACCGAAAGAUGAUCCGUCAUCUAGGGUCUCGGAACGAAACAGUAGAGACUCGAGCCAUAGACGUCGUUCUAGAAGUAGAGAGAGAUAUAGUGAUAGAGAUAGGAGACAUAGGAGGAGCAGGAGCAGAAGCAGAAGCAGAAGUAGGGACCGGAGACCAGAAAGAAGAAAUCGUCGUAGUCGGAGCUCAUCGCCCCGAGGAAGGAGCAGGUCGGAGAAGAGCAGGACUCGUGACGCGGAGCCGAAGGGAGCUAGAAAGGAGAAGAAUGGAGGCGUUGAUUAUUCAAAGUUGAUCCACGGCUACGAAAAUAUGACAGCAGCUGAAAAGGUCAAAGCCAGGAUGAAAUUUCAGCUGAAUGAAACUGCGGAGAAGGAUCCAACAAAGGGAAUGGGUUCUGGUUGGGAACGAUUUGAGUUUGAUAAGGAUGCCCCUCUUGACAACGAGGAAAUUGAAGCUGCAGAAGAUGAUGCAGCACUAGUCAAACACAUUGGCCAGAGCUUCAGAUUUUCCGCUGUGGAGGCAAGAAAGAAUGAACAAAUUAAAGUUGCCCAUGAUGAGGCCAUGUUUGGAGUACCAGCAAUUCGAGGAUCCAUGGUUUCAGAUAAUGAACCAGAGGUGGUCAACAAUGAGAAGGAGAGCACCAAAACUGAUGUUGCUGCAGGCCUUCUAAGUGAGAAGGUGCUUGCAAAGCAACAAGGUUCCUGGCGUGACCGAGCUCGUAAAGCGCAAGCAUAGCUGCAUCAAGAAAGGUGAUGGGGUAUGAUUGUGCUUGUAAUGUAAUGUAUCAACAAGCUGAUGGCUUAUAGAGGGCCUGAGUGUAAAAAGGAAUUUGCGCCAAUAGCUUCAAGUAAUCCUCUGCUGUGACUAGGAAUUACCACACAAGUGUUGCACUUGGUUUGUUUCCCAAAUUCCAUCGAUGAGACGCAUUCUGCCUGGUGAAAGGUCACCAGUUUUGGGCGUUGUAGUGAUAUUGAUUAAAUGGUAGAAUUUCCUUUGUAUAUAUGCUGAAAGAAAUAACGCCUUCAUUCAUUGGACUGUCGUGCUGGUGCUUGUUAUUUGAGUUAAAAUCUUCGAUAUCUUUUGGACAAUAUAUAUUGUUUUGCAAUUGCCAAA